GCCAAGGCGUGGGGGGCGUGAACGUGGGCAUGGAGCCAUCCCCUUCUCCUGCUCCUUCUUCUUUCUCCUCCUCCUCUUCCUCGCUGGGCAUGGAAGAGCUUAGCUAGGCAAGGCUUUGGAGAUCGCUGCUUCUGCUUCUGCCUCUGCCUCCUUCUUUAGACCUGUGAAGAGGGGCAUGCAUGCUCCCCUUGGCCCCCUGCCCCUCUCCUGGGAAUGGAUCCCCCCCUUGCCACGUUCCUCUGGUGCUCUUUCUGGCCAUUCCUGGCUUCUCUCUCUUCCUCCCAAGGAACUGAUUGCAAACCUGGUUGCCAUCCAGUGAAUGGAUUUUGUGAAGUUUCAAAUGAAUGCAGAUGCCGACAUGGUUGGCAAGGCCCUCUGUGUGAUCAGUGUAUCCCAUUCCCGGGUUGUUUCCAUGGGACCUGUGCCAAACCAUGGCAGUGCAUGUGUGAAGAAGGAUGGAUUGGCAGCCUCUGUGACACAGACUCAACUGUUAUCAUCUGACUAUUUACUUGAUCUUGAUCCAGUCUUCCUCCCAGUCUCUAAACCAAAGGAAUUCACAAUAUGGUUUAAAACAGACGUUCACCCCUGUGCUUCAAAACCAUGUACAAAUAACUCAACCACUUGCAUAGAGACAGGCAAUGGUGGCUACAUUUGUUUGUGUGCCGAAGGAUAUACAGGGAAAAGCUGCCAUGUGAAAAAGGGGCCUUGCAUAGUUAAUGGUUCACCCUGUCAGAAUGGAGGAACCUGUGUGGACGACGAUGGUUUUGCCUCUCAUGCCUCCUGCCUGUGCCUUCCUGGGUUUACUGGAAAUUUUUGUGAAAUUGAUAUUGAUGACUGUGAGCCAAACCCGUGUGAAAAUGGAGGCACGUGCACAGAUAUUGGCAGGGGCUUCCACUGCCAUUGCCCCACAGGGUACGGUGGGGCCUUGUGCAACAGCCACACGUUGGUCUGUGCUAGUAACCCAUGUGAAAAUGGCGGGACUUGUCAUGCACAUCCUAAAGGAGGUUUUGAAUGUCUUUGCAAACCCCGUUUUGUUGGUAUCACUUGUGCUUCUGCUGACAGAAACAAGAGUCUGAAUGGGGAGGCUAAGCACAGGGGGAAUCACCAUCCCCAUCCAAGAGUUCACCAAAAACCUGUUCACACACAGGAACGGGAAAUCUUAACCAUCAAAGAGACAAUUGAAAACCGCCAGCCUUUGCUUAAUAAGAGCCAGGUGAUCUGCUUCAUGGUUCUGGGCUUGCUGACAUGUCUGGUUGUGCUCGGUACAACCGGGAUUAUAUUCUUCUCCAAAUUUGAAAAGUGGCUGGCCAAUGCCAGGUACAGCCAACUGGUCCGCAAAGAGAGAGAUGGAUUUCUGAAAGCAAAGAAAGGUGAGAAUCUCUCAGUGAAGAUCAUCUUUCCAGAUCAAACUGAUGAAUGAAUAAGAACUGUACUACCAUUUAUUGGCAGUCUUAUAAUUAGAGAUUAAUACAAGCUUGUCAUGCAGGUUGUUCGCUUUUCAUUUGUACUCAUAAUAGUAUUUGGAACCCAUUGGUGAUGGAAAAAUAUGCUGUAUUUGUGUUACCCAGAGACAUUUUCAUACCUCAAAUGCUUUUUUAAAAAUCAGAUUGCAUUGUGUAAACCCAUGAAAUGUUGUGUUGUAAUCCUUUGCUCACUUUCCUGGGAAUAAGUUCCACUGAAUCAAUGGAUUUUAGUUCUGAAAAAGCACGCACAGGAUUCUAGUGUUCCUCCCCCACCCCUUGCUUUUAAUAAAAGAAAUCAAAUGGAACUUUGCUAAAUAAGAACUGUUUUUAUUGCAUUUUAUGGCAUGUUGACAUUUGUGAUACUCCUCCAUGAUUUUCAGUGCUUAUUUUUAAUAAACAGUAACAGUUAAGGGCUACAUGGAUUUGUCUGUAUGUAUUAGCAUUUGUUAUUUUUUAUUGACAUUGAUCUAGGCAUUAACUUUGAUCUAUUUUUGUUCAAAUGGGAGAUGAAAAUGCCUAGCCCUAUCAGUCACCAGAUUGCUUUGCACAGCAGAUUUUGAAUGUCUUUAUAGAACAGCAAACUGUUUGUUAUGAACUUUGCUAUUAUCAUACUUUUAUCACUAGAGAUCAAGAGAGAUGUGGUAUCUUCCAUGGCAGUGGGGUGCUGUAACUUCUUAGGGGUUUAGUUUGAACCAUAGCAUCUGAACUGAAGACAACAACCACAACAUCUUGACAAAAUGCAGGCUUAUGACUAACAUCAUCAUUUUUCUUUCUUUUUCCUGUAUAAUUUUUAACACCUUUAAUGCCAGUGGAGCUUUGAAAGCUUGCAACUUGUAUAAUGUGCAUUAUGAUUGGUUCAAUAAAGGUAUCACUCUUUUGUGGAUUAUG